CAUUGUACUGGAUUGUUUAUUUUCGUACGGAUGAGCAAUCGUACACUGAUUCUUGAUUCUUUGUGAUUCUUAAUGUUGUGUCUUGAUGUAAUUACAAAAGAUGGAGGAAGGAAAUCCUGAUAGCAACUCAACACAAAAAGACAUCCUCAUCCCAGCAACAAGAAAUGAAGAUGAUAUUAACCCAUUUGAAGAGUAUAUGUGGAUGGGUGAUCCUAAAGAAGAGGAUGAGGUCAAUCAACAGAUAAUGGAAGAAAUUCUGGAGGAGGAAUUUAUAGAGUCGUGCUUUGAAGACAUGUUGGAGGAAGAAGCUCUUGGUUUGUUUUCUCCACCUAAUGCAGACGGAGAUACUAUUGAUGAUGGAAUCCCAUCCCUUCAUAGUCUUAGUAUUGACAGUGGAGCUAUUAGUGAUUUAGAUGCAGAUGGAGUAGUGGCAGGAGAGAGUGGUAUAGUAGAGGAACAAGACAUCACUUGGAGAGGAACAGCAGAAGGAGUUGCUCCUUCUGGGUUUGGAGGACAUGACUCGGAAGGAGAAUCAGAUAACUCGGACUCGGAUUCUUUGGGUGAUAAUCCACAGAGGUAGAUGCUGAUCCUACACAACAACAAUGUACAAGAUUUAUACAACACGACUUCAUCAUUAAGCCACUGUAUAAAAUUGAAUUCAAUUUUAGUGUGGACCCAAAAAUGUGUAUAUUGUGUUUGCAAAGAUUGUGUUUGUAUAAAAAUAGAUCAAGUUGUGAAUACUUGGAAGAUGUACUGAUAGUACAAUGUAUAUAUAUAUAUCCUUUUAUUUUGUUGAUGACAAUACAGCCAUUUAGUUAAAUUUCACUUUAUAUGUAAAAUGUUGUAAACUCAAGGCUGGACCUUGAGACAGUUUUCUUAAACUGAACCUUGGUCUUUUUAUCGGUUCCUUGUGUUACAAAAUGUUUUGUGGUUUGGGUUUCAUAUCCAAUUAUUUAGUAGUAGUUGUUUAAUUAGAACCAGUAGUUGUUUAAUUAGAACCAGUAGUUGUUUAAUUAGAACCAGUAGUUGUUUAAUUAGAACCAGUAGUUGUUUAAUUAGAACCAGUUUUCUAAACGGGGCUCAAUUUCAUGCUGCUUAGGCAGUAAGUUAUGCUCAACCAAUUAUGGUAGCAGGAAACCAGGUAAAGACUGUACAUGAGGAAUGGUAGUUAAGACAUUAACCAUAUUAUGAUAAGCAAAAUUGUUAUGUGCUGAGCUGUUUCUAUUGCAUAAUCAGCUUCAUGAAAUUUGGGCCAUUGUUAGUAGAUUGUCACUAAUUGACAGGUUUUUCACAAAUGUAAUAUAUUUGCAACCAGAAUUUUGUUCAAGAUAAGACUUAAAGGCAGUGGACACUAUUGGUAAUUUCUGAAAAUAAUUAUUAGCAUAAAACCUUUCUUGAUUACAAGUA